GAAUGAGCUCCUUCCUGGGUUCUUUUCCCUCUGAACUCUGCCCUGUAGUGAGGCGAGGGGCUGCAAAUGAGGAUGGAAUAUGCCAGGCUGGCAGCAGACGUGGGCACUGGAUGGAGGUGCACUGAUCUCAGAUGGCUAGAAAUGGAUACCAGCCCAGUCAAGGGGAUCCUUCUGCCAUGGCCAGCCCGACCCAGCAUCCUUUGCCCCCUGGGGGCCACCAGAUGGGGAGAGAGAGAAACCAAAGACUGGAAGAUACAAAGGCCUAAGUUGUAGAAUGUGUUCCAAGCAGAAGGCAGAAGGACUCAGAAUGGGAGAAGCGCCCUUUCACUGAGCUUGGGGACAGCUGUCAGGGUAGGAGACAGGACCCAGGCCUCAGGCCAUGUCUGCCAGGCUAGACAUGAGGGAUGCUGUGGCCCCUCCCUACCCCACUCUCCCCACCCCACCCCCAACUGCCUUCCUCACAAUGGGGUUCAUUGUUGAGGUGGUGGGGGGCACCUAGGGAGGGUGCAGCAGGGGGCCUGCCCGUCAGACAUCCUUGGGGAGCCUGCCCUUUCAAGCAUGAACCAUACCACCAGAGAUCGUCCAGCGUGCUCUUAGCUCUGCCUGCCUGGUGUAGGGUCCUGGAGACCUUCUUGGAGCUCAUCCAGCAGCCAUCAUGCAAGGUGGUGCUGGGGACUGCCCUCUUGCUAGGAGGUGGAGGUCUCAUGCUGUGGGUUCAGAGAAAGAGGAGAAGAAAGGCAACCUCUGAGUGUCCACCAGACAAGGACAAGUCACCAGAAUCCCAUAAAGCAAAGAAUGAAAGCUGGAUCAAAUCCCACUUUAGCCGCCUUUCCGAAGAGAAGCUGGCCCUCAACAACAAUGCCAGCAUCAGUGGCAAUGCUACCCAGACUGAGAGUGGGAGUGGAGAGGCCAGCACCACGGUUCACAUAGAGACCUUCACCACGAGGCGUGGAGAAGUGGGCUCCGCUCUGCACCGGGAAUCCUUCACCAGCAGGCAGAAGACAUCUGGGCCCUCAGUGAUCCAAGAGAUCCACCAGGAGUCUGGAAAAGCCCCAUCCACCGAUGAGGCCACGUGGGCCGCUGUGGCUGCCUGCACCAAGGAGAUUGACACCCAGGGGCGGCACCUGGCUCACUCCAUGCUGCAGCGGGCCACAGCUUACCAGCACUCAGGUCACCUGGAGUCCAAGGACAUCAACCAGGAGGAGCUGAGGGCCCUCGAGGAGGUGGAGAUGAAGCUGCAAAAGAAUUUCCUCACCCAGCGGGAAAACACCAUAGCUGGUGCCAAUCACACACACACUUUCUAUGGCCACAGUCACCAUGGCCACCCAAGCCACCAGAGCCACAGCCUGCCUAAUCGCAGACACUAGAUCUAUGACUUCUUGGAAGCCAUCUAACCAUGGAUGGAGACGCCCCUGCCCCCAGCAAGGCUGGCUCACACACACGUCUGUUUUCUCUCCUAUGGGGCCAUCUAUGCAGCCCAGGGUGAGAUACUGUGCCUAAAUCCCUACUUUCUUAGGCUGCCCACGGGGAUUAUGGGCUCUUUAAACUCCAUGAGUGGGGUCUGCCACAGAAAAUGGCCCCUGUUGGAGGGAGAGCUGGGAGGACACAGCGCAGUUGAGACAGACCCUGAGGCCCCUGAAGACCCACCAAGAGAAGACAGAUGGGAGCAGGCAAGAGCCCCACACUGAUGUCGUUGCCUGGAACAGAGCCAAUAAAGCUUUGUGUGCCUUCA